AUCCUGGCCUGGGGAAGGAAACGCAGCGGGUUCCAGUGUUUGCAGCUCAAGGCGGAAAAUAACUGGAAUAUUAAACUAUUCCUUUGUGUCUAUUCAAAGAAGGAAUAUAGCGUAUUUGUUUUGACGCAGACCUUCUUGAAUAUCUUUCAGAUUCCGCAUCUCUAUCCCAGCCCUGCAAACUGUUGUCUCACAGAGCUGACUGUAAACAGAUCUGGUUUCGUGGGAACUAUUUGAAUGCCCAGCACACAAUUAACACGGAUAUCACCAUGAACAGGAAUAAGCGUGAGAAAGAGUAUUACAGUAUAGAAGUCGGAGAUUCCACAUUCACCGUUCUGAAACGCUAUCAGAAUUUAAGACCCAUCGGCUCUGGAGCACAGGGCAUCGUCUGUUCGGCGUAUGACCACAUCUUGGAGAGAAAUGUUGCUAUUAAGAAACUCAGUCGACCCUUUCAGAACCAGACCCACGCCAAGCGGGCGUACAGAGAGCUGGUGCUCAUGAAGUGCGUCAACCACAAGAAUAUAAUUGGACUCCUAAAUGUAUUCACGCCACAGAAAACACUUGAAGAGUUCCAAGACGUUUACCUGGUCAUGGAGCUGAUGGAUGCUAACCUGUGCCAAGUGAUUCAAAUGGAGCUGGACCAUGAGCGACUCUCCUACCUGCUUUACCAGAUGCUCUGUGGCAUCAAACAUCUACAUGCAGCUGGCAUUAUACACAGGGACCUGAAGCCAAGCAACAUUGUGGUGAAGUCAGACUGCACGUUGAAGAUCUUGGAUUUUGGCUUGGCCCGCACAGCUGCCACUGGGCUCCUCAUGACACCCUAUGUGGUGACACGCUACUACCGUGCACCAGAGGUCAUACUAGGCAUGGGCUACCAGGCCAAUGUUGAUGUCUGGUCUGUUGGCUGCAUCAUGGCCGAAAUGGUCAGAGGCAGUGUGCUGUUUCCAGGCACUGAUCAUAUCGAUCAGUGGAAUAAGGUGAUCGAGCAGCUGGGCACACCAUCUCAGGAGUUCAUGAUGAAGCUGAACCAGUCUGUAAGGAACUAUGUGGAGAACAGACCCCGAUACGCAGGAUACAGUUUUGAGAAGCUUUUCCCAGAUGUUCUCUUCCCUGCUGACUCUGACCACAACAAGCUCAAAGCAAGCCAGGCUCGAGAUCUUCUGUCCAAAAUGCUGGUUAUAGAUGCAUCCAAGCGGAUCUCUGUGGACGAGGCCCUGCAGCACCCCUACAUCAAUGUGUGGUAUGAUCCAAGCGAAGUUGAAGCGCCUCCACCGUUGAUCACAGACAAGCAGCUGGAUGAGAGGGAACACACUGUGGAGGAGUGGAAAGAGCUGAUAUAUAAAGAGGUGCUGGACUGGGAGGAACGCUCAAAAAAUGGUGUAAUCCGCGGACAACCGGCUUCAGUGGGUGCAGCAGUGACCAGCAGCUCCCAGCACAACUCCACAUCCUCCCAGCACAUCUCAUCCUCUGUGUCCACUGUCCUUGCUCUGUCCUCAGAGACAGAAAGCAGCUUGGAGACAUUGUUCUCCUCUUCCUCUUCCGGGCCAGUUGGCUGCUGCAGUUGACCAUCACCCCGUCCUUCUCACCUCCGUGACGUUCCUCCAUCCGUUUUCAGACUGACUCGUCUUCAUCUUUUUGGUCAGGGGAAAAAGUCGGAGUAAGCUGAGAGUUUUUAAGAGGCACCUUAAGAAGCUUUUACACCAAACCAGCGUUACUUCGGUUGCUUUUUUUGGGGGGUGGGAACUAGAUUUAGUGUCAGACUGAAACUACCGCUGCAUCUCCUCAAUGCCAUGUUAUUCAUUUGUAACAGUUGUAUGUUAAAUUUAUAUUUGAAGAUGCUUUGGGGUUCAAGAUUGCUGUGCGCCAAGUUUAUCACAGUUGAGCAGAAUGGCACGUUGUGUUAAAGACUCGGCUCUUCCAUUCUGUUACUGUUUCAGAGUUAAAUAUAAUGCAUCUUGAAUGAAUUUCCAAAAUAAUUGUUUAACAAGCAAAUAUUACUUUAGAGUCUUUCUCGCAUUACUUAAUGCUGAGAUCAGGUCAUAAUGCAUAUAUUCAGUUCUUUGACUAUUUUACAAAAUUAUUUAUAAUAGGCAUUUUAACAAACUUAUUUUAUCCCCUUUUUUUGGUUGAUUUUGCUACAGGACUUUAUAGACUCAAUACACAUGUCUCUGUAUAUGAUCCAUACUGUACAGGAUUUGAUGUUAAAAUCUAAAUGACAGUAAAGGGUAAAUUAAAGGUUAGUUUAUUUAUUAUUUUUUAUCUUUAGUGCUUUGUACAGUUUGGCCCUGGAAUGUUGCAAGGCUCUUGUAAGGUGAACAGUUUGUUGUGGAUAUUUGGCACAGAACAUUUGUGAAAACCUAUUUACAGUAUAGGUCAUGGCUCUAAAUGGCACAGUGCAUUCUGGGUAUUCUGUGCCUACUGUAAUGUGUCAUUUAGACACACUUUUGUGGUGCAUUAUAAGACUUGCAUUAUGUGAGUUAUGAUUUGAAAUGAUAAAAAAAGUGACAUAUUCUGUAAGAUUGUACUGUAAGGCUGUCUCAUUCAGAUAUUUUGUUGGUAACGCUUCACAUUAAGCCUCCAUUAAGUGACGUUAUUUAAUACAUGACCAAUACUAUGAACAAACCAUGAACGCCAGCAUUAAUAAUCCAUAAGUAACCUUAACAAAGUAACUGAGUAAAAUGAAGCCUACAGUGAGACCGUGAGUUAUGUGGUUGUUAGCUGGGAAAUUCAGAACUCAGGCUGAACAGAAAGUUGUAAUAUUUCUACCUGAACACCAAUGUUCAGUAAGUUAUAAACAUUUAAUAAUUGUUAACAUGCUGAGGUUUAUGGUUUAUAUUGAAUAAAGCUGUGUAAGUAAUGUAAGUUACAGGAAACCUAAUGAAAAGUGUUACCUUAGUACUAUUAGGGUUGGUUUUUUCCCUCCAUUUUUGUAAAACUGAAUGGUUUUGUUUUCAUAAAAUUCAGCACAAAUCAGUAACCUUGAAUAACUAAUGCCCUUUCAAUAAUCGGCAGAUCUGUGACUAGACUUGUAUGCCUGCCUGUUGAUGCAAUGCAACCAAACAAAGCAAGUCAGUGCUAAAUCCUAAACCUGUAUGCAACAGCAGUUUCCUUUUGGACUUAUUUUCAUGUUUCUUAUGAAAGUGCCUGUCAUUCAUUUGCAAAUAACUCAUAAAAAGUUCUUGGAAAUUCCAGAGCAGAUCACAGUUAAUGAUUUGUGGUGUCUGUCUUUUUUUUUUUUUAAUGUGUGUGUGACCGAUUUGAGGAGUGAUGGCGUGUCGUGUACCAUGAUCAACGUGACAGCCUUUGAUUUCAGUAGGAUAGUUUUUGUUUUUGCAAAAUGUAUCAAAGUUGUCCAAUUGUAAAUAUUCGUGAAAGAUAGUUAUACAUUCUUUAAGGCUAAGUGUUCGAAGAAAAGCUAAUGUUGAUAUGGUGGUGAUGGUCUUUGAGACUGUGUUAUAGAAUGUAAAACGUCAUGUUAUUGAGGGGUUUAUGUAUGUGGCGAUUGGCAGGAAGUUGAAUAGGAUAAUGCUGAAUGGAUGGCCAACAAAAUUUAUGACUCUUUUUAAUCAUGUUGCAGCACAGGUUUCUAGACUUUUGCAGUUAGCGUUUCAUUCUUUGUUGUAUUUUGUUCGAAGUGCUCUUAUAUUUCUUUGGCCUUCUUUCGGAAGGAAGCAUCGGAUGAUUUUAUUUUAUUUUUUAAUCAAAUUUCAUCUUUCGAUGAAUUUGCGUUUCUUUUAUUUCUUUGGAUGUGAUGGUGCAAUUACAGUUCUGUCACAUUACAAUGACAUUAUAAUUCUAAUUAAAGUACACAUUGAUCAACUACCUCACUCCAAAUUUCUACUGCUUCUUGGAUAUUUAGCUGCCCAUUAGGUGUCCAGGUUGUGUUAAUACAAAUUCCAUUAUUUAUUUAUUUGAAAGUUUGUCGAUAGGAAAAAAAAAGUCUAGUUUUGUACAGUAUGUAUAUUUCACGUAGAAGUAAAAGGACUGUAAUGUAAAUUUUUGUUCUCUCUUUUUUCCUUUACUUUUAACAGUUCAUGUGCAAUACCCUCUGCUCUGUGUGCUUACUUGUAAGUGUAUCUAGCUACAGUAUGUUAGCUGUAUGUUCCCAAAGGUAUAGAAAUGUUAGGUACUGUAAAUUCAGUUCAGUUUAAUUCAGCUCAAAUGAAAUGCUAAAUUCAUGAAUUUGGAUCUUUUAUUUUUAAGUAAGUUCUUUGUGAUUCAAGUUAAUUUGUGUCACAAAAACUGAUGAUCUGAAUUGCGACGGAGGUGUAUGAUUUACAUGGGCAAUGGAUCAUUCUAAUAAGGCUGAAAGACAAAAAAAAAAAUCCCUUAAAGACUACUUGUGUAAACUGGUCUGUAAUCUUUGCUAGCAAUACUGGCAAUGCAAAAUCCUUACUCUUUGUGCUCCUUCUUCGAAGUGCACUACUAGAAUACAUGCACUGGGAUCUCACCAAUCCAAUGUUAAGAUGUACUGCAAAUAAAUACUUCUGUUGGAA